AUGGUAACUAGUAUAAUAUUGAACAAACUAAAGUGGUAUAAAAAAAUGAAAGGCGAUUUACAAGAUAAGAAAGAAAUUACAAAGACCGAGAAAACAAAUAACAUUAAAAAUCCAGUGAUUUUUGAUAAUAUUUGCAAGGAAGUUAUAUUACGAGAUAAAUUAUUCCGACGCAAUUGGUCCAGAAAAUACGAGCAUCUGAUGGGUGAAUUUUUUAAGAAGGUGUUGAUCGAAGAAUGCAGAAAGGAGGGAUUUCCGGCGGACACUUUCGAACACAAACCGCCGGAAGAUGCGAUUAAGCGUUCACCGAUUCUUCUGAAACCAUCGCCAUCCAUUCCCAGAACGACAUCCGGUCGUUGGUAUACUUCGCCAAAACAUACGAUUGAACCACCCACGAAACCUGGCGAAUUUCGCGUAGCACAGCAAAAAUUCAUUUUUCUCGGUUAAAUAAACAAACAUUUGAAUACAAU